AUGCCGAUUGAUACUUUUCUUCAACUUAACAAUGAACCUAAUGAUGAAGAGCAAUUGGAUGAGAAUGAAGGAGAUAUUAUAGAGGAGCAGGACAAGGAUUAUAUUAAUCCAACUGAGGCUGAGAACAUAGACAAUACUUUGAAAGAGACAACAGUGAAGAAAACACGAGGUCCUACACAAUGCUUGAAGAUUCAUGCAAGACAGAUGGAGGAUAGAGAAGAAAUUACUCUAGAUAAUGAAGGAGAGGCAAUUGGUCCUACUGAUGAAGCUGUAAAUAACUUGAGCAAAUUUUUGGGCACAGUGGCAAGGAAUUCAGAUUUUUGUCCAUUAAUUUACACAAAUUGGAAGGGGAUUAAAGAUAAAGAAGCCAUUUGGGAAUAUGUUAAAGCUAAGUUCAUUAUUCCAACUGAAGGAAAGAGGAUAGUCCUUGCUCGUAUCAAUGACAACUGGAGACGGUAUAAGACCACAAUCAAGCAAAAUCAUUUUCUGCCAUACAAAUGUGUUAACGAAAUGCUGAAAAAUCGUCCUAAAAGCAUACCUGAGAGUCAUUUUCGCAAGUUGAUUGCUUAUUGGAGAACUGAGAAAGUUAAGAAAAUGUCUGCGCAGAAUAAGAAAAAUAGGGCACAACAGAAAUUUAGCCAUCGAAAGGGACCAAUAAAUUUUGCAAUAAUACGUGCAAGAUUGGCUGCUUCUAAGGAAAAUAAUGAACCACCUACUCAAGCAGAAAUGUUUGUUGAGACUCGCCAAAGCACAAAGGGAAAAUCAUUGGAUGAAGACACUUUGGAUGUUAUUGCACAUCUGCAAGUUGAGAAUAAAAAGUCUAAAGAAUCAGCAAUUAGAGCUUUUCAAUCCAUAUUUGGCAAAGAGAAGGCAGGGAGAGUGCGAUGUCACGGAAGAGUUACCACACCAACUUUGUUGAAGAAAAAUGAAGAAAUUGCCACCCUUAAGCAGCAACAUGCAGUUGAGAAAGCAUCAUUAGAGGGUAAAGUUGAUGUGAUGCAAAAAGAAGUAGAUGAACUAAAAUCACUUGUUAAGAUGAUGUUGCAACAAAAAAGUUCAGGAGUGGACCUUGAGAUGUUAGCUGCUCAACUAGGAAGCACUUUAGGCAAUCCGAACAAUGAUGCGCAUGAGGAGGAAAACUAUGUUGAAGGGGAAAUCGAACUUGGUUAA